AAAAAUGUUGGAGCAUUACAUAAUAAAGGCCAAAACAAGAGGACCUUCAAUAAUCAUUGAAAGAGAGACAAUGGCAGAUAGUUUCACCAGUUCUCGCCAGUCUCUCGUUCCGAGCUUCCUCUACUCUUCUUCUUCAAUUUCUUCGAAAAGAUCGAUUGAUUUGGAUGCCGUGACACAUAGAAGUGGUAACCAUGCAUUGUCACCGUUUAUUUCAUCAUCUACGUCGUCGAAGAGGGUGGUGAUUCCGUCGCCUAAUGAGAAAUUGGAGAUGUACUCGCCGGCAUUCUAUGCCGCGUGCACAGUCGGAGGAAUGUUGGCCACCGGACCCACCCACACGGCUGUCACUCCUAUUGAUCUGGUCAAGUGUAACAUGCAGAUUGACCCGGCAAAAUACAAAAGCGUCAUCUCUGGAUUUGGAGUUAUGUUCAGGGAGCAAGGAAUUAGAGGUUUCUUUAGGGGUUGGGCGCCCACUUUGAUUGGUUACAGUGCUCAGGGUGCCGGCAAGUACGGCCUCUACGAGUUCUUUAAGAAGUACUAUGCAGAUAUUGCAGGGCCUGAGUAUGCAGCCAAGUACAAAACCUUGAUCUAUCUCGCAGGUUCUGCAUCUGCUGAAGUGUUUGCUGAUGUUGCCCUCUGUCCUAUGGAAGCUGUCAAAGUUAGAGUCCAGACUCAGCCGGGCUUCGCCAGAGGUUUGUCAGAUGGGCUACCAAAGUUUAUCAAAUCCGAAGGCGCUCUCGGGUUGUACAAAGGGAUUGUUCCUCUUUGGGGUCGCCAAAUUCCUUAUACAAUGAUGAAAUUUGCAACUUUUGAGAAAUUUGUCGAGCUCACUUACAAGCAUGUGAUCCCAACACCGAAAGAGCAGUGCAGCACACCCUUGCAGCUCGGAGUGAGCUUUGCGUGUGGAUAUGUGGCUGGUGUGUUCUGUGCUGUUAUUUCACACCCUGCUGAUAACUUGGUGUCUUUCCUCAACAAUGCCAAGGGGGCAACUGUUAGUGAUGCUGUGAAGAAUCUAGGAGUGUGGGGUCUUUUCACCCGGGGUCUUCCUCUUCGUAUAGUCAUGAUCGGAACCCUUACUGGAAGCCAAUGGGGUAUCUAUGAUGCCUGCAAAGUUUUCAUGGGCGUGCCAACUACUGGCGGCGCCGCUCCUGCUGCCACUGAGCUUGCCAAUGCUUGAAUCCAAAACUGAUGGAUGUCAAACCCCAUUCUUUUAGUUCAAGGAAUUACAAACCAUCAAAAGUCAUACUAUCAAUUCUACAAGUAGUCAUUUUUUAUUUUUUGUUACUUUUUUUGUAAAAUUAUCAUCUCAGUUAGUCAAAAACAAAGAAUGCAGCAGAUUAUAUUUAUCAGGGAUUAUGCGGAAAGCCGAGUUUCUGACUUCUGAGGUUGGCAUCAAGAGCUUUAGGCUCUCUUCUGUUCUGCCAUAGGGAAGGCAUGCUGGAACAACAUGUUCAGUUCCUAGUUUGCCUUCUCCCAAUGAAUUAUGUUCUCAUGAGGAGUUUGAGUGCAACGUAGCCGGCAACUUCUUAACCAGAAGAAAAUAUCUUUUCAAAUAAAACCUUCAUAUAUUAGAAGUUAUAAAACUCAACUCAUUACUACA